AUGGCGGAUCUUGUUUCAGAAGAGGUUGUAAUCGGGGUGGAUAAGUAUGUGAACAAUAAUAAUGAUCAUGUACAUGAUCUUCAACAAAUGCCUCUUGAAUCGGGUGAUGUUGUUGUAGCCUCCCAGGAGCAUAUUGGUGUUAUUCAUGGAUCGCGGUGUGGAAAGGGUGUUAUUGAAAGUUAUGGUCUUCAAUCUCCACUUGGAUCUUGUGUUGGUAGUUCUGACCUGUCCUUUGUCACCCCAAACCUUAGUACACACAAUGGCAACGUAGACCAAAAUUCAUCCUUUGUCACUCCACUCCGUAAUACACAUAAUAGCAACCUAGACGUUAAUUUAUUUUGUCUUAGCCCUCAGAGUUGUUCCACCACGUUAAUUGGUGGUUCUUCUAUACAAUCCUCCAACGUGACUCCUCCAAGGAGGAAUAAUACCACUAUUACAGAGGAAGAUGGAAUAUGUUUCACUCCUAAGCAUGUGAAGAGCGGUGGUAUCCUUUCUAAAAUCACAAACGAGGAACUUGUACCCCCCCCCCCCCUCACAGUAGGCCUAAUUUUUGGAACUUGGGCGGAUGUUGAGGAUUACUAUAAGAGAUAUGGUAAACAGCAGGGAUUUGGUGUGUGUAGGCCACAAGGUACGACGAAUAAAAACAAACAACUGACUGCUGCCACAUGGAGGUGUGAGUGCUAUGGUCCCCCAGAUAUGAGAGAGAGGAGGGAGGCGAAGAAGAGAGCAAAUAAUAUGGAGUUGGGGAGUAGUGCAAUACCUGAGCCACCGUCAAAGAGGACAAGGAAGUCAAAGAAGUGCGAUUGUCUUGCAAUGUUGAGAGCUAGUGUAAAUGGGGAUGGUGAGUGGGUAGUUAGAAAAGUCGUAUUAGAACAUGUUAACCACCAGCCAACUCCCAGCAAGUGGAAGGGAGUGAAAGAGUACAGAAUGGCCAAUGUGACAGACCAUUUUAGGGGAAGAUUAAUAACAAGUUAUGAUUGUGGUGCCCCGAUCUCACAGGUAAGGGCUAAUCUUGCUGAACGGUUUGGUGGCAUUGAAAACGUAAUCCUAACUGAAAAAGACAUGUCACACAUAGUACACACUGAACGAAGGUUGAAAAUGGAAGGUGGGGAUGCGAAUGCCAUGAUGGCCUAUUUUGAGGGGUUGCAAAAGGACAACGAUAAAUUCUUCCAUGCCCACAGACUUGACAAGGAAGGUCGUCUAAAGGACAUUAUGUGGGUUGAUGCAAGGAGUCGUGUUGCCUUUGAUGACUUUGGGGGGGUAGUAUGCUUUGAUGGUACAUACCUAACCAACUCAUAUGAGCUCCCUUUUGCUAAUUUUGUCGGAGUGAAUCAUCACGGCCAGUCAUUGUUGCUUGGUUGUGCAUUGAUGUCCCAUGAAGAUGCUGAAAGUUUUACAUGGUUGUUUAGGCAGUGGCGCAUAUGCAUGGGGGGUAGAUGUCCUGUUGCUAUCCUAACUGACCAGGCACCGGCUAUGAGACGUCCUUUGGAAGUAGUAAUGCCUGAAACUCGACAUCGUUGGUGUCUAUGGCAUAUAAUGAACAAAAUCCCAGCCAAGCUCGGUACUCAUACUAGGUAUGCAGAGUUAAAAGAGGUGAUGAAAGAGGUGGUGUAUGAGAGCCUAUCCGUAGAGGAGUUUGAGAGUAGGUGGGAUGAUAUGUUAGUUGAAUUUAAUGUUGAAGAGCAUACUAAGAGUAAGGAUUGGCUGGGUGACAUGUUUAAGGACAGGAAGAUGUGGGUGCCUGCGUUUUUAAACAAUUAUUUCUGGGCCGGCAUGAAGACAACGCAGCGGGUAGAGUCAAUAAAUUCGUUUUUCGAUGGUUUUUUGGAGAGAGGCACAAAUUUGUUUGAGUUUCCCAAAAAAUAUUGUGCUGCUAUGAAUAAAAGGUGUAGUGAUGAGAAAAAUGCGGACGCAAAUUGUGCGAAGUAUAUUCGUAAACUGGUUACUGGAUUCCACAUUGAGAGUGUAUUCCAGAAGAUAUACACGGACAACAAGUUUAGAGAUGUGCAGAGAGAAUGUGAGAGGCUUCUCUAUUGUGUUGUGAAGGAGGAGAAACAGAUUUCGGAUAAACACUUUGAAUACUUGAUGGAAGACCGUGUGUGGAUCAUUGUUAAAGGCAAAAGUGAAGAGGUAUUGACGAAAUACAAGAAAUUCUACGUAGUGAAGUUUGGAACGAGUCCAAUGGAAAUAUCUUGUGUAUGUAAGUUGUUCGAGACUAGGGGUAUUCUGUGUAGGCACUGUAUUCGGGUCUUUGAAACAAACUCUGUGGUUAAUAUUCCUGACAAAUACAUCCUUCGGCGAUGGCGGAAGGAUGUGUAUCGGAAGCAUAUGCAUGUUACGGUUGGUUCCUAUGAUCCGACAAAGACGGAAGUUGCUAAAAGGUUUGAUAAGAUAAUGCUUGAAUUUGAACCUAUUUGUGAGGAAGCAAGUGUCGAUGAACAAACUAUGCAGUUUGUUGUGAAUGAAUUGCGAGUGCUAGAAAUCGCGGUUAGGGAACGGGUGAAGAUUGUGAAAAAAAAUCAUAUGUUAUUGCCAUUGGAAUCAAUGCAAUACCAAUAUGAAGUGGACACGGCAGAGGGAAAUAUUAAGAAUCCCACGAGUAGGAGCAAGAAGAAACGCGGGAGGCCUAUUAUCUUAAGACACAAGGCUCUAGGUGAGAAUAACAAUUGGAAGCCAAAAAGAAAGGAAGCCACCAAGGUGAUGAAUAAGGAUGCGUUGGGUUCGGUCGAUGACGGAGUAGAUGGACCUUCAACAGAAGCUAGCGUCGGGAAGUUAAAGGUGUUUAGACACCCAUCCAAUGAAGUGCUUGGGAAUACACCAAAUACGGCGACUAUAUCUGUGGUUUCUGAUGAUGAUCUUCUAUUGAGCCGCAAUAACAUUGGAUGGUGUGAAGGCAGUAGUCACAGUUAG